UACCACUCAUAUCACAACCUUGAAGAAUUUCGAAAUAUUAUUUCUCUACAUAACUAACUCAAUAAAUUUGCUGAUUAAAAUGGUAACAAAUGUGAACAUGGGAGCGGAAAAAUUAGACGAUUCGUCUGAAACCUGGCCCCCUAUCCCACAAAUGUUGCAUCCCCACGAUGCAAAAUUGGCCUUUGACACGACUGUUGAUAAAAGUGACGCGUGCUACUUCACUCUGCGCGGCACGACGCCCUUCGGCGCGGACUGCUUCACGAAUCUGUACUUUCAUAAGAGUUGCGUCUAUGGAAAAUCCCCCAUUUUAGACCCCUUCAUCGACGCGCAGAAUGGAAAUUUGUUUGAGGAUGUCCAUUUGAAAGAUUUGAACGAGCUCCAUUUCCGCAGAAUGCUGGGGUUCUUUUACGACUAUGAUAUGAACUACAUUGAGGACAAAUAUGAACUUGCGGCCCUGUACAAGAUGGCGAUCCUCUUUAUGGUCAAAUCCGUGGAGGAUUUCUGCUUAACAAAAUUACUCCGUCCAACGACUUCCUUGCAAUCGUCAUCUGAUCAGGUCAACCAAGAGGAUGAGGAAAUUGACAAGGAAAUUUCAAAUGUGAUUUCUCCAAAAAACUUCUGUGGCGAAAUCGAGAAGCAAAUUUCAAAUCACGUGGAGACCCAAGAAUCCCCAAAUUGUGAAAAACCUGCAUCGUUGAAGGAGAAAACCAUCGUGAUCUCGAACCUAAAGGAUGACAUUAUUUCUGAAAUGGUUACCACCCUUAAAUUCGAGAUCCAACAGGAACUCGCUGCAAGCGUGAAGGACGACCUCAAAAAACUCAUUUCGGAUGACUUACUCCCCAAUAUUGAACAACGUUUCCGUGCUGAUGCAGACUUUAAGGAUCACAUCACCCAAGGAAUUAUCGCCGUUGUGCGGGAAGAAUUAAAUAAUGAAAUGAGGAAUGACACCUUUAGCAAGGUUCGGCUGCAAGCAAUCCUUCAAACUGAGCUUUAUGACGAUGAUGAUUUCCAACACAAGUUAUGCGUCGAAUUAAGGAAACAAUUAGUUUCGGACAUGAAGGAUGAGAUUUUGCCGGAAAUGGGGAAAAAUAUCAAAGCCAGGAUUUUGACGGACGAGCGAACCAAGACCCAGCUCUUGGGGCUAAUGCGGUCCAAAUUUUUGGUAAAUGAGGAUUUUCAAGAGGAGUUGAUGCAACAUUUGAAGGUUUCUAUUAGGAAAGAAUUUUCAUAAAAAUUAUGCAAAAAAUAUAUAAAAUUUUUGAAGGGAGUCGAAACAAAGGGUUUUUUAACUAACUUUUAUAUCGAAAUUUAUGUGCUACCCGUAUCAUUUUUUUUCAUAAAUACGCAUCCCAACUUUACUUUUUUGAAUGCUGUCUCACUUCAGCAAAUUGUUCUUUGGUUUCCAAUUAUGUUGCGAAUAUGUUUGUAUCUAAACAUAUUUUAUACAGAAUGAUACACACAAUUUUCAUACGGGAACGCAAAUUUAUUGUGAAAAUUAAU